AUGGCCAGGAUUAAUCUCACCACAGUGACUGAGUUUAUUCUCAUGGGAUUUACUGACUCCCCCAGGCUGGAGAUGCUCCUCUUUCUGGUGUUUCUGAAUUUCUACCUAGUCACCCUUCUGGGGAAUGUGGGGAUGAUCAUUCUGAUCCAACUGGAUGUCCAACUCCACACACCAAUGUAUUUCUUCCUGAGCCACCUCUCCCUACUAGAUGCCUGCUACACCUCAGUCAUCACCCCUCAGAUCCUGGCCACACUGACCGCAGGCCAGAUGGUCAUCUCCUUUGGCCAAUGUGCUGCCCAGUUCUUCUUCUUCACCAUCUGUGCAGGUACAGAGUGUUUCCUGCUGGCAGUGAUGGCCUACGACCGCUACGUUGCUAUUAGCAACCCACUGCUCUACACUGUGGCCAUGAAUCCCAGAAUCUGCUGGAGGCUAGUGGUGGGAGCCUAUGUCUGUGGGGUGUCAGGGGCCAUCCUGCGUACCACAUGCACCUUCACCCUCUCCUUCUGUGACAAGAAUCAGAUCAACUUCUUCUUCUGUGACCUCCCGCCCCUGCUGAAGCUUGCCUGCAGUGACACAACAAACACUGAGACUGUCAUUUUCUUCUUUGGCAAUGUGCUUUUGGCCAAUGCCUUAGUCAUCUUGAUUUCCUACGUGCUCAUCAUCAAGGCUAUUUUGAGGGUGAAGUCUUCAGGUGGCAGGACCAAGACUUUCUCCACAUGUGCCUCCCACCUCACUGCUGUAGCCCUUUACUUUGGCACCCUUGUCUUCAUGUAUCUGCGGAGUGGCUCAGGCAAAUCCCCAGAGGAAGACAAGGUCGUGUCUGUCUUCUACACAGUGGUCAUCCCCAUGCUGAACCCUCUGAUCUACAGCCUGAGAAACAAGGAUGUGAAAGCGGCCUUCAAAAAGGUCACUGGUAGAAUCCAGGUGUCCCAGAAAACAUAG